CUGUCCACUUCAGCACCAGGCAGGAGAAAAGUCAGCUCGAGAUUGGGAAUCCAGGACCACGGACAAAUCCUUCAUAAGAGGACGGCUCCCCUCAGCGUCACACGUUGUCCGAAAUACAGAAACACUCACCGCUGUCGGCCGUCCAACAAUUCCCUUGUUCAGGAGUGAGGGAUACGAAUAAGAACGUCAUCACCAUGUAUGAUGGGGCGAGGGUGCCUUCCCCCCAGGACAUUGUUAACGGUGUGCUUCCUACGGCCGUGGCCAUGGCAGGAAUAGGAGCCGGGGAGGGCGGGUCAGUGUCGUCACCCGCCCCGGCUGUGGGGCCCAAUCCAGAAGAAGAGGAGGUUCCGGUGGAGGAGCCUAGCCCGGAGCCUGUCCUCGUGAAGAAGGCCCACAGGGAGAUCCUAGACCAUGACAGAAAGAGGAGGGUGGAGCUGAAAUGCAUGGAGCUCCAGGAGAUGAUGGAGGAACAGGGGUACUCUGAGGAGGAGAUCAGGCAGAAGGUCGGCACCUUCAGACAGAUGCUGAUGGAGAAAGAAGGAGUGAUCACCAGAGAGAGAGCACACACUGACCCAACGGUCAAGGUCCAUGGUGAGGUGCAGACAGACCCAGCUGAAGGUUACCAUGAGGACGGUGAAUGGCACAGAGAUAAAGACGGUUAUAGAAUCAAGAGGAACUCAAGCAGCUCACCAUCUCCUCGACCAAAGAAGAGAAAGAAGAAGAAACGUGCGGUCAGGAGGAGUCGGUUUGACAGCUCAUCUCCUUCCCGCAGAGAGAAGAAGAAGAAAAGUGGGAAAAAACACAAGCGAGACAGGUCGACGUCAGGUCAUAGGAGAAAGAGGAGAUACAGAUCAGGUAGCCCGAAGAACAAACAGAAAGACAAAACCAGAAAGAGAGUCCCCAGUAGGACGUCUCAGCGUAGAGGCAGCUGCUGUAGCUCCCACAGUGCAUCAUUCUCCUCCACAGGUCACAGCCCCUCCAAGUCCCUCGGCAGGCCCAACUCCAAGCACAAGACAGAAGGACACAAGGCCUGUGUGAGCCCGUCCCCGUCUCCGUCCCCCGGUCCUGACGGUCCUGUCACGUGGCACAACGGGCACCACCACCGCGACCGCGGCUGCAACGGCAAGGCGGACAGACUCAACCACAGCCACGCGGUCGAGGAGGACAAGGAGCAAGAUAAGCUGAGAAUGCUGACUGCUGUUUCUCCGGGAGCCCAGUCGACCAUGAUUCUGCCACAACUGAGAGGAGGAGAGAACAAGGCCCACACUGCCCUCUACAGGGCCCCAAGAAGUACUGCUGCCCAGGCUGGAGAGGCCUUACAUGGGGAGGACAGGCAGACGACGGACCUGGGGUCAUCAGGGAGAUGGGGAGGUCACAGAGGUCACAGAGUCCAGGGGAAGCGCUCCCAUUCACCGACUCACAGCAGUGACUCCGCCCACUCUCAACAUAACCUGCAUCCUCACAGAGAAAAGAGCUCUCACCAGAAGAAGACUAAAAGAUCCCACUCUUCCAAGCGUCACCGCCGUGGGGGUCAGGGACAGGCCCAUCACCAGAGGCUGUCUGCAUCCCCAGGGCGGCACCACCAUGCGUCUGGGUCAAGCACCAAGAAGAGUGAGUCUCGGGGGCGGGGCGGUGUCGGGGUCCGGCAGCGCAGCAGCUCCUGGAGCUCAGGACGGUCCUCAUCAUGCUCUGCCUCCAGAGAGAGAGGCCCCAGCAAGGCCAAGUCCCUCCACGUCCAUGCCAGACAGAACAAUUCCAGCUUUUCCGCUAAGGACAGAGAUAGUCCUCACCACUCUGACGCUGACCAUGCUCGUCGUCGUUCCAGGAGCUACUCUCCCAUCAGGAAAAGGAGACGAGACUCUCCCAGCUUCAUGGAGGCUCGCAGGAUCACCAGCGCCCGGAAGCGGCCUAUCCCGUACUACCGCCCCAGCCCUUCCUCCUCCAGUUCCAUGUCAAGCCCCUCCCAUUCAGGGAGGAGUCGCAGCCGCAGCUACAGCUGCAGUCACAGCCGCACCAGGAGUCACAGCCACUCACGCAGCCCCAGGAGCCACAGCAACUACAGUCGCAGCAGCUAUGAAAGCCCCGGCUUCUGAUGAGAGAGAGAC